AGAAUCUUCCCCAGCGCUCUGUCAACGCAAUGUCAGCACGACCUGAACCGGUGCUAUGUGCGAUCCUGCUACGAUGAAUACUUCGAAAAGAUCCUAGCUGCUCUAGCAAGGGGCCACGACAUCAUCACGGUUACUGGUCAAUCAGGAACCGGGACGUCAAUGUUCUUCGCCUACUUUUGCUCUCGAUACAGCGAAAGCAUCGUCGCCGCUGCGUUCACAAACACGUCUGAGUUGCAGCGAGUAGCCGUGUUUGAGCAAGGCCGUAUCACUAAUACGAUAAAACGGAACAGGUACGGAUUCCUGGAAGACGUUCAAGCCCAAGCCAUUGCCCGACGUGCGGAUUACAUCUAUUCGUACGAUGGAUCGCCGAGUUUCGCUCCGACGGCCCCAGCACGGGUCGUCUGCUUUACUAGCCCGAGUGCAGACUGGUUUCGCCAGAUGCUGGAUGAAGAGACCGCGUUGACGCUGUACAUGCCGCUGUGGGGCAUGGAGGAGCUAGUGACAGCAGCCAAUUGCCUUCAACUGGGCUUGCUGGGUCCUCCCGUGACUCGAGCCACAGUGGAAGAACGGCGCUACUUCUUUGGAGGUGUUGCUCGUGAUUGCCUCCGUACAAUCGAAGUGGAAUUGCCAAUGCUUCGCGUUCGUCGAGAGAUUCACGGUGUAAACAUUUUGGAUCUGGGGCGACUGAGGAAUGGAAUAUGGGCUCCGAUGCAUUAUCGCAUUUAG